CCAUUUUCUUUUCAAACUGAUGGCAGGUGUGCAGAAACAGCCUACAAAAUAUCGUUGAAGCAUUCUUAUAAUAUUGUAAAAAUAUUUGGUUAUGAAGAGAGAUUGGAUGAAUCGGGAACAGAAGCCAAAUCAAUAACAAGAUUAACGAAAAAGUUGAAUAUAUGUUUUAAAAACAAAAUGAGUUGUUUAAAAAUAUAGCGUUAGGUAAUCUACUACUAUGAGACUUGUAGUACGAGUUUAAAUUUAGUUUUAUGAGGUUGGCACACCAACGUAUUUUGAAUUUCGCUAGGCACGCAUCUCUUUGUGUGUGACUUCACAGUGACAAUUAUGUGAGAUAAGUAUUGUAGUGUCUAACAUAUUUGAGCGUAAAAAGUUGAUUUUUCCAAGUCAAUAAAUGUAUUAACUUUGCACAAAUAUGCAUUGUAACAAAUAACAGUUUUCAUUUGUGAAUAAAGUUUGUAUGUAAAAGUGAAUUGAAAAUCAAAUAACAUUGAAUAGACGAAAAAACAAUGGAACGAUAUCUAAUGGAAGACGACGAGUCAGCCGCCGAGGAUGAAUUGUCCGAAUUAUCAGAUAACGAUGAUGAUGGAUUUGGUAAAACUAAGUCAGCCAAUAAAACCCGUUGGACAAAACAUGAAGAUGCUGCACUCAAAGCAUUGGUUGAACAGUACGGUGAACGAUGGGAUAGUAUUGCCAAGUGCUUGAAAGAUCGUUCAGACAUACAAUGUCAACAGCGUUGGACAAAAGUUGUGAAUCCAGAAUUAAUAAAGGGUCCAUGGACAAAGGAAGAAGAUGAGAAAGUAAUUGAACUUGUUGCUCGCUAUGGUCCAAAAAAAUGGACACUGAUUGCCCGACACUUGCGAGGCAGGAUUGGGAAACAAUGUCGUGAAAGGUGGCACAAUCAUUUGAAUCCAAAUAUCAAGAAAACAGCGUGGACAGAGGACGAAGACAAGAUAAUCUAUCAAGCUCACAAGCAAUGGGGAAACCAAUGGGCCAAGAUUGCAAAGCUACUACCAGGCCGCACUGAUAAUGCAAUAAAGAAUCAUUGGAAUUCAACAAUGAGGCGUAAAUAUGAGUUAGGCGGGCUACCACGACGCAGUAAAAAUAAUUCACUCAAAUUACAGCAACAACAAAAUUCACAAACUGUUCAAUCAAAUACAUUGAAAAAGGAAAACGAUUGGAGCCUUUCCGACAAUUCAAAUCAUUCUCAAAUUGCUAUUUCAACACAAAAGGGUGACUUUUUAGUUGAACAAAUAAAAAAUGGUGGUGGGGGAGAGCAAUCAACGUACUUUUUGUCACCAAUAAAUAGCAACAAGGCCCUAUCAACACUUCGACGAGGCAGCGACGCCUCAGUUGAUCUUAUUGACGAGAACGUUAUCGGUUUGAGUCUUCAAGAGAUUCUGCCUGACAAUAACAAUAUCAAAACCGAGAAAAUGCUGGUCGCAAAUCCACCAAAUAUUUUAAAAAGAUCUAAAUCUAUAAAAAUUCAGAAUGCUAAAAUGAAUUCAACAAGUUCAUCUGCGCUUGGAAAUUGCUCAUUUAUACCUGGUAUCAAGCCAUUAGAGUCCCCAGGAGUAACACCGAUAAAGCCGUUGCCAUUUUCGCCAAGUCAGUUCCUGAAUUCGCCGUCAGUUAAUCUUAAUUUCGAUAGUAAAAUUCCAGCUAGUACGCCAGUCCGCAAAUAUAGUAAUCAAAAGAUUAACGAAGAAGAUGCACUAGUUACACCAAAGCAGACAUCCAGAAAAAUGUCGAAAGAACUUUUCCCGCUUGAACCUCAAACCGUUUCUAUUAAAACUGAAGAGCCAAAUGAAGAAGAUGCAAAACAGACAAUAAACACUCCCAACACCAAGUUAGCGUUGAAUGGACCACGUACACCAACACCAUUCAAAAAUGCUUUGAACGAAAUACGCAAAAUUCAUGGCCAACCAUAUAUACCGUCAAGUCCAAAUGAUUUGGUUGAAGAUAUUACAGAAAUUAUGAAUAAAGAACGGCAACAAGAUUCAACAAUGGACUCUGUUUACGAAACUGAUUCCAGUACAGCAGUUCAGCAUGCUCAGACGGAGAAUGAGCCAAUAGCUAGUAUAUCUAAUCCAAAACGACUCACGUAUGAGGAAUCCGAUGUCAGCCAACAACAGAAAAAAGCCAAAAAAUCUUUAGAAACUACAUGGAAUACGACGACCGACGAAACAGAAGACUUCCCUUAUCUGGUUGAAACUCCGAGUAAAGCACUCAACUCAAAUUCUGGCGUGGCUUUUUCACCACCGAGUAUUGUUAAAGACACAUUGGGUGAUUCAGGAAUGCUUCUUGACACGGAUAUGACAAUAACAAACAGUCCGGAUGCAUCUCAGGUACAUAAUACAAUAAAUAAAAUUAUGAUGCGACAUAGUUGUAAUGUGCAACAACUACAACAACAACCACAACAACGACAACAAUAUCAUCAACAGCACCAUCAACAAGAGCUCUAUUUACAUGAGCAACAGAAUAGAUCUGCACACCUUGUACCAAAUCAUAGUUUUAAUUCCACCUCACGAAUAAAUUCUAUUCCGUAUGAUUAUAAUUGUACAGAAAAAUCAUUUAAUCGAAAAGUCCAAAGAUCAUUUCUCACAAACAUACAAACUGGUGGAAAUAGUUCAUUAGGUGCUAAAAUAAAUAAACAACUACCACAGUUCAAUCCCUACGCUGAUGAAAAUGAUAGCAGUAGUAGAUUUCAAUUGUCAAAGAGCAUUAUCAAUAGAUGUAAUAUUGGCAGCAGCUCAUUUGGAGAAGAUUCAUCGUGUGGAUCAAAUGAAAUGUUCAAUAGAUCCCGAAUAUUUGGAACUGAUCGAACAAAUUUUAUGCAGAUAGAUAGAAUACCAUUUUCCAAUAGAUCACAAAAUGUUAUUAAUUUGCGUAAAGAAAAUUUCCAUACAUUCAAUAUUAGUAAUAAUAUGAUUUUGAAAAACUCAAGCUACAUGAGCUCAGGAAAUCAUGAACACUCUCAAAACUCACAGUUGAUUAAAGAAAAUCCGAAAUUUUUAAACUAUGAUCUCAACGACGAGUACUGGUUAAACUUUGAGUGAGUUAUUAAGAAAUGCGAGGUUAUUCCAUCGUCUCCUUUAUUGUACUUGCAACAUAAUUUACAAAUGGACUUUCAAAACGCGUUCUAUAUGCUGCAAAGCGCUGUAAUUGGAAAUAAUUUAUUCUGGUUCAUAGAAUCAAAACAUAUUUAUUUAUUUAUUCAAAAACUCAUUCUUUUCCUUAUUUUUUUUUAAAACCAAUAUUACUGAAGCUAAAGUUACGAUCAAGUUGAAUAAUGCAAAGGAGUUUCUUGAGUUGAAUGUGUGUAAAUAUUGAGAAUAUCCACAGAAUGAAUAUUCUAGCUUCGAUAUGAUUUCUUCAACUUUUUCAAAAAAGUUAAUUUUUUUAAUAAAAACUUUUAAUUGGGUAGAUCCAUUAAAACAUUAUGAACGACGCAAAUAAUAUGAAAUAAAAAGAAUUAAAUUGUAA